AUGACUUCCAAGACGACGAAACAGCUCCCGCAUGAGAAGCGGAAGACCGAGGCGGUCCUGAGCGAUUUCGCAGACUACGCCGCCAAGCAGGAGCAAGCCAUCCGCUAUGGCGCCACCUCUGCUGCCCCGACCGCCGCCCCAGGCCCUUCGUCACCGGCGCCUGCACCGUCCACAGCUCCGGCUCACCUCACGACCAGCUCUAGCAACGACCUUGACGACCUCGCCGAGUGGGCCGAUUUCGGCGACGGCGACGCCUCCGCCUCCGCUGCGAACCCCUCCCUCAAGGAUAUCUUCCUAGGUCCCGAGGAGACGUCCCUCCCGCUUCUCGAGCGCUUCGUGUCGAAACGCCUCGAGGAAGGCGGUCGCGAGGCCGUCCUCCACCUCGGCUUCGAGAGCAAUGCCGACUCCAUGCGCCUGACGCCUGAUGAUUGGGCCGUCGCCUACGAGAGGCUCGAGCGCGCAGCUAAGAGCUUGAACGCUGUUUGCCGCGUGCUGUAUACGAAGAACGUGGGCGGACCAGAGGAGGUCGAGGGGAGCGGCGGGGCGGUCAAGGCGGAGAAGGAUAAGGAUUGCAGUGGCAAGAUAUUGAUUCGGAAGGUCCCAGCCCGCCCGGACGAGAAUAUCGAGACGAGGAUUGUCGUCGUUGGAAACGUCGACGCUGGAAAGUCCUCGAUGCUAGGCGUCCUGGUAAAAGGGGAUCUAGACGACGGCAGAGGCAGCGCCCGAGUCAAUCUCUUCCGCCACAAGCACGAGAUUGAGACGGGGCGCACUAGCUCCGUCGGCAUGGAAAUCCUCGGCUUCGAUGCCGGCGGCCACGUUGUCGUCUCCGACACCCCCGGUCGUAAGCUUACUUGGGAGGAAGUUGGCAGGCGCAGCGCCAAGGUCAUCACCUUCUCCGAUCUCGCGGGCCAUGAGCGCUACCUCCGUACCACCGUCUUCGGCAUGCUCUCCGGCAGCCCAGACUACUGUCUCCUCAUGGUGGCAGCCAACAACGGCCUUAUCGGCAUGAGCAAGGAGCACCUCGGCAUUGCCGUGGCUCUCAACGUCCCCGUCAUGGUCGUCAUUACCAAGAUUGAUAUCUGCCCGCCUCACGUCCUGCAGGAGACCAUCUCGCAACUAACGAAGAUCCUCAAAAGCCCCGGCGCCCGCAAGAUCCCCGUCUUCAUCCGCGACCGGGAAACUUGCAUCAACACCGCCACGCAGAUGGUCAGCCCGCGCAUCGCCCCCGUCUUCCAGGUCUCCAACGUCACCGGCGAGAACCUCGACCUCGUGCGCACCUUCUUAAACAUCCUGCCCCCGCACGGCUAUUACAACGCCGACGCGCCCUUCGAGUUCACCGUCAACGACACCUUCUCCGUGCCCUUCGUCGGCACCGUCGUCGCGGGAAUCGUGCAGUCCGGCGUCGUCCACGUUGGAGACAGCGUGCUGGUUGGGCCGGAUUCCAUCGGCCAGUUCACCACCACGACAGUCCGUUCCAUCGAGAGGAAGCGCAUACCCGUGCACGCUGCGUCAGCGGGCCAGUCCGCUUCCUUGGCGCUCAAGCGUAUGCGUAGGAAGGACGUGAGGAAGGGAAUGGUUGUGCUGCCCAAGGUAGAGGGACAGCCCCCUCCGAAAGUCUACCGAGAAUUUGUCGCAGAGGUCCUCGUCCUCUCCCACGCCACCACCAUCAAAACCCGCUACCAAGCAAUGCUUCAUGUCGGCUCCAUCUCCCAGACCUGCGCCAUCAUAGACGUCGACCGCCCUUACAUCCGCACCGGCGACAAGGCCACCGUCGCCUUCCGCUUCGUCCAGCGGCCCGAGUUCGUCCGUCCCGGAGAGCGCAUCCUCAUUCGCGAGGGGAGGACAAAAGGUUUGGGCAUCAUCAAGUCUGUGGGAUAUGAUCCCGAGGACCCCAUAUGGAAGGGUAAAGAGGUUGAGGGGCUGGGUAAGUAA